CUAUCUGAUUCUAAAGUGAAAAGAUUGAUUUGAGGGUGGUCCAAAGUAAAACUUAGGCCCAAAUCACAAUCCACUCGCAAUAAUUUGAUCCAGUGAUCACUUGGGCCUCAUUUCUCUCAUGGGCCGUGAAAGAGGUUUCAAGGCCCAUGACGCACACCUAAGAUUGACCAGUUCAACUAACGUUUGCUAAAUUUAAGCGGAAGCCGUUGAAAAGCCAAGGAAGCAAAAACCACCCGUUUGUGGCGCGCGGUGAUCCAUAAACAGUAGUGGCCUCCCUUCGUGAGCCCCCUUUCCUCGCGUCGUCCCCUUCGCGGAGCCUCCCCUUCGUGGGCGCGCUCCAUUGCUCUCUCCCCUCCCACCCAAUCCUAUUAUGACAUUACGAUGCCUAUCCCCAUUGCCUUCCUCUUCCUCCUCCCCCUCCUCCUCGCCGCCUCCUCCCAUGCCACCGCCUCCUCCCAUGCCACCGCCUCCGUCGUCCCACAACCUCGAGGGUUCUAUAUAAACUGUGGAUCGGAGAAGGAGGAGCAGAUAGGGAGCAUCAAGUGGAUACAGGAUGAGGGGUUCAUCGCCGUCGGCAACAUGUCCGCCGUCGACAAGCCGAACAUCCUGCCGCUGCUCGCCACCGUGCGCUACUUCCCCGACGCGACGGCGAGGAAGUACUGCUACCAGCUCCCCGUCGUCAAGGGGUCGCGGUACCUCGUCCGGACGACCUACUUCUACGGCGGGUUCGACGGCGGCGACGUUCCGCCGGUGUUCGACCAGAUCGUCGACGGGACGCGGUGGAGCGCCGUGAACACCACCGACAACUUCCGGCGGGGCAUGUCGACCUACUUCGAGAUGGUGGCGGAGGCGCAGGGGAAGACGAUGAGCGUGUGCCUGGCGCGCCGCGCCGACACCCGGUCCAGCCCCUUCAUCUCCGCGCUCGAGCUCGUCAGCCUCGACGACUCCAUGUACAACACCACCGACUUCGACAAGUACGUCAUGAGCACGGUGGCGCGCAGCCGGUUCGGCGCCAAGGGCGAGAUCGUGAGCUAUCCAGAUGACCAGUACAACCGGUACUGGGCGCCGUUCACGGACGCGAACCCGACGGUGGAGAGCCACUCGGCGAUCACGCCGGAGGAGUUCUGGAACGUGCCGCCGGCGAAGGCGCUCCGGGCCGGCGUGACGACGAGCCGGGGGAAGAAGCUGUCGGUGCAGUGGCCGCCGGUGGAGCUGCCGGCGGCGACCUACUACGUGGCGCUCUACUUCCAGGACUCCCGCACGGCGAGCCCCUACAGCUGGCGCGUCUUCGACGUCGCCGUCAACGGCAAGGAGUUCUUCCGGGAGCUCAACGCCUCGGCCGCCGGCGUCAUGGUGUACUCCACCAUGAUGCCUCUCUCCGGCAAGAUGGAGAUCGUGCUCACGCCCAACGAGACGUCGCCGGUCGGCCCGCUGAUCAACGCCGGCGAGAUCUACCAGAUUGUGCCGCUCGGUGGCCGGACGGCCACCAGAGAUGUGGUUGCAAUGGAGGAACUUGCCAGGAGCAUCAAGAACCCGCCGCCGGACUGGGCCGGCGAUCCUUGCCUGCCGCGGCAGAAUUCGUGGACCGGGGUUAUCUGCUCCGAGGGAUCACCCGUGCGCGUCGUAUCACUGGAUCUAAAAAAUCAUGGUCUUUCAGGAUCGCUCCCUGACAGUAUUGGAAAUUUGACUGGGAUGAAAAAUAUCUAUUUCGGUGGCAACAAACUCACAGGCUCCAUACCUGAUUUGAGCAGCAUGCACAUCUUGGAAGAAUUGCAUUUUGAGGGCAAUCAGUUAAGUGGACCAAUCAGCCCAUCGCUGGGAACACUCACCAAUCUCAAGGAGCUAUACCUGAACAACAACAAUCUCACCGGCCAGAUACCAGAGAGCCUGAAAAACAAACCUGAACUUGACAUGAGGACUGAGGGGAACAAACUUAAUUGAGGCUGGAAAGGAAGGAAUAUCUGAGAUGAUCAUUUCCAAUCUAAUGUUACAUUUAUGUACAGAAAGAUACAGUUUGAUGAUGAAGGGAGAAGAGCGAAGGCUUCAGAAACUGUAGGAUGAUAUUCAUGUAUGAUGCUGUAUGUGAGUUGAAAGAUUGAUGUGAUAUUUAGCAUCAUCCUUUUGAUCCAUUUUGUGUUAUUAGUAUUUGUUGUACAUGCUGCA